CUGCACGUUCUUCUUCAUUCUCCAGCUCUGAUAGGCUCGGUGACCGGCGAGCGCUGCGCUACCAAUGGCUCCUCCAAACUUUUCCGGCACCUGGACCAUGGUCAGCAACGAGAACUUUGACCGCUUCCUGCAGACUCUGGGGAUAGACAUUGUCACCAGGAACUUGGCCAAAUUUGUUAAGCCUCAGAAGAUCAUAGAACAAGAUGGAGACUCAUUCGUCAUCCGGACACUCAGCACUCUGCGCAAUUACCGGGUCCAGUUUACACUGGGACAGGAGUUCGAUGAAGACACCAAGGGCCUAGAUAACCGAAAAUGCAAGAGUCUGGUCACUUGGGACAAUGGACGACUAGUCUGCGUUCAGAAAGGAGACAAGAAGAAUCGGGGUUGGAUCCACUGGCUGGAUGGUGAUGAUCUACAUCUGGAGCUGAGCUGUGAGGACCAGGUGUGCCGACAAUUGUACCGGCGAGUUCAGGAUGCCUGUUGAAAUGACGUGUCCUCAAUCUGUCAGGGUGCCGCCUGAAGACAAAACAAGUGUUGGAACAAUUAUCUAUGCAAUUACUGUUAUUUCCCGUUGAUAUUUAUUUUUUAUAAGACUCUUGUAUUGCUGUUUAACUUGGUAUGGCAGUCAUCGGGGUAAACAAUUGUGAAUACUCUCCUGCAAUUAAAAAAAUAAAGUUAAAGAAAAA